CGCAUGCGCGUCUUCACAGCAGCCUCGUCCGGUUAAAAGCCUUCAGACGUCAGCCGUUAUAUUGGGCCCGUGCUGUCAUCUGAGCUGAGGAUCGCGGCAUUUCAAAGUGUAUGCUCGGUACUUUUGUUAGCGACGCUCGCCAAACAAUCGUCUGUUUUGUUUUUGUUUGAGGAGGAGCAGUCGAAGGGGUAGAUUUUCUCGGCGACAAAAAAGACGGCGAGGUUUGUGCGCUCUCAUUCAUUCUCCAUCUCUCCCUCUCGACACCGCAGUAUAAUGUAACAAUCUUAACUGUUGUUAUGUGGACGUAAAAUGUUGUCCAAAAGCAGAGUUUGGGCUUCUGCCGUUGUCUCGCUCGGUUGGCUUCGAGGCGCGACAUUUUACAAGAUAAGCCUACGCUGGGCUGAAUUGCGCUCUUUCUGGCCGUUUGUGAUCAGCACGCACUGGCUGCAGAAGCAGGUGCUUGCCGCUUCAGCAAGCGUUCAUCUCCGAAGAGUUCGGACGUCGCAGUCAGUUUUCCACUGGCAGCCAUGUUAGCGCAAUGACCUGUCCCAGGACAUCUCUUCCGUUGUCAAAUGGCGUGCCCAUUGGGCUGCGAAGAGGUGCCGGGCCCAGUGCACUCAGAUCAUUCAUUGCAGGGCUGAUUAUUGCUGGUCACUCAUGCACAUUUGUGCUUGUAAUCCACAGCUCUCUUGUUAUUUCCAUUCUUUCACUCGUUUGUCAGGUUCAAACUCAAGUCACUAAACCAAAUGCUUAUCCCCUUUACUGUUAACUGUGCUUUCAUAUUACACACACACAAAAAACUGACUUCAUAUCUUUAUGUCAAGCACCUUGCAAAAUGCAAUCGUGUGGAGCAACUUGACAUAAAAAUGAUUUGGAGGAACAUGAUCAUCUCUAUUCUACAAAAUAGGCCGAAGGUAAUGAUGCCAUAAUGACGUCACGGUAUUUCUACAAGCAGCAUAGCAAUUGGAUGGAAGGAUAAUCGUGCAACAUUCUUUCAUCCAUUUUCUAUACUUCACUGCAUUUCCUCACAACAGGUUAAGGGUCAGUUUGGAGCCUACCCUCGCAAUGUGAUCUGUACAGAUCAAGCCCACCUUAAACGUCAGAUGACAAAAAUGUGAUGGGGUCAGUUAAAAUUCAUAUUUGCAUUUUUGUAUAUGUUAUGUAAUACAUGCAAGUCACUUCCAGCAAGUUGUCAACUAUAGUUUAGCUAAAAAGGAGGUUUUUAUUACACGUAUUGAACACUUCCCGAACACACCCGAAGCUCAAGACACCGAAGCGUGGUUGCUCUAUCGGAAGUGACGUUACAAUUGCCAAACACCGCACCCUAUACUCGAUACGCAAGAGCGAGCAACGUGUCGGAACAUGAGGAGGAGGAUUUUGACGUACAGGAGCACCCAACUGAACUUGGCGUCGUCAAACGGUACACGUUUGAGCCGAUCAGGGGGACCGAACCUGACAGUGACGACGACGAGCAGCCAAGCAAGCAGCUGUACAACAGACAAAGAGAGCGGCCACUGGGUCGAUGUGACGCCACUGCCUGCAGAAGAGACGGAACAAUACCGCGCAGAGCAGACUGAUGAAGCUGGACAGGCGCUGGAUGUGGCGGAUGCUGUUCCUCGUUUCCCUGACUGUGGCAGUGGUGAUGGCCCAAAAGCAGUCCGAGGUUGACCAAUCAGAUGUUGAUGACGAGAUUGGCUUGGACAAGGACGCAAUGGAGCCUUUAGUCACUGAGGAGGAGGAGGAGGAGGAGGAGGAGGAGGAGGAGGGGGAGGAAAAUAAGGCAAAACAAACAGACCAUAAUACCGUAGCAAGUGACAAGGUCUCCUUCCAAGUAACAUAUGAGACUCCUGUGCCCACUGGAGAUGUCCACUUUGCUGAGACAUUUGAUGAUGGCUUACUUGGCAGAUGGCAGUUGUCCAAAACAAUGAAGGAAGAUGCCGAUGAUGACAUUGGAAAAUAUGAUGGAAAGUGGUCUGUGGAGCAGCUGAAGGAGAACAAGGUACCAGGAGACCAAGGCUUGGUGCUCAAAUCCCGCGCCAAGCAUCAUGCCAUCGCCGCCAUGCUGGACAAGCCUUUCAUAUUCCAGGAUGAGCCCCUUGUCGUACAGUAUGAAGUUAAUUUCCAGGAUGGAAUUGACUGUGGUGGAGCUUAUAUUAAACUGCUUUCAGACACUGGGGAUGUCAAUCUGGAGCAAUUCCAUGACCGCACGCCUUACUCUAUCAUGUUUGGACCCGACAAGUGCGGCGAGGACUACAAGCUGCACUUCAUCUUCCGCCAUCAGAAUCCCUUGAACAAAGACUUUGAGGAAAAGCAUGCCAAGCGCGCUGAUGUGGACCUCAAGAAGUUUUACACUGACAAGAAGACUCACCUCUACACUUUGGUUCUGAACCCAGACAACAGCUAUGAGAUGUUCAUCGACCAGUUCAGCGUGAGCCGUGGCAACCUGCUGAAUGACGUGAUCCCUCCAGUCAACCCGCCGAAAGAGAUAGAAGAUCCAAACGACUCCAAGCCGGAGGACUGGGACGAGAGGGCCAAGAUUCCCGACCCCGACGCUACCAAGCCUGAUGACUGGGAUGAGGAUGCACCUGCAAAGGUGGAAGACCCAGAUGCAGUGCAGCCAGAGGGCUGGCUGGACGAGGAACCUGAAUUCAUCCCAGAUCCGAAUGCCGAGAAACCAAAAGACUGGGAUGAGGAGAUGGAUGGAGAAUGGGAACCUCAACAGAUCCCCAACCCAGCCUGUGAAAGUGCUCCAGGCUGUGGGCCGUGGAAACGACCCAUGAUUAACAACCCAAAGUAUAAGGGCAACUGGAAAGCACCCCUGGUAGACAACCCCAACUUUCAGGGGGUCUGGAAGCCUCGCAAAAUCAUGAACCCAGAAUAUUUUGAGGACCUGCAGCCAUUCAAAAUGACGCCUUUCAAAGCUGUGGGCUUGGAACUGUGGUCCAUGACUGCCAAUAUCUACUUCGACAACUUCAUUGUCACCUCCCAUAAGGACGUUGCUGACCGCUGGGCCUCCGACAGCUGGGGUCUGAAGAAGCUCGUAGCCAGUGCUAAUGAGCCUGGGAUUUUUGCCCAGCUGAUGAUUGCAGCGGAGGAGCGCCCGUGGCUCUGGGUGGUUUACAUACUGACGGUCUUUUUGCCCGUAGGACUUGUUGUGCUUUUCUGCUGGACAAAGAAACCGGAUGACUAUGUGUACAAGAAAGUGGAUUUACCGCAGGCGGAUAGAGAAGAAGAGGAGGAGGAGGAAGAGGCAGCAGCUGGAGCAGACAAGGAUGACAAAGAUGACGAAGAUGUCGAGGCGGCGGACGUUGAAGCAGCUGCGGAGGCUGAGGAGGACAAGGAUGGUACAAAUCUAAAAGGGGGCCAACCAGAGGGGGGUGAUGACAAUGAGGAGGAUGGAGAAGAAGAAGAGGAGGAGGAGGAGGAGGGGGAAGAGGAAGAGGAAGAAGAAAGCAAAGCUCCUGAGAGAACAUUGGAAGAGGAGAUGGAUGGAGGUGGUGACACUGUCGAGAGCAACAAACAUGCUGUGAGGAAGAGGAGGGUAAGGAAAGACUGAGGUGACAUUUACACCGACUGUCUCCAUCUCCCCUCCAGGGACGACAUGGAAGGGCUCCUGCCUGAGCCUGCAGGACAGAACGUGCAUUUCCUCUAUAAUUUCCUGGCUGCCCCAUUUCCAUCUUUCAUCCCUCUGGAACAAAGUACAAAUGUGCUCCUCUUUGUCUCAUCUUAGACUUUGUGCAUUCGUUUUUUUCCCCUCAUUCUUCCUUCUACUUCAAAUAUUCAUCAUUCUUUCGCUUGUUCAACCCAUUGCCGGUCAGCCUACCGUGCAUCACUGUGGCUCUGUUCUCUCUCAAUUCAUCAAUCUGCCCAUCUGUCUCCUUAGAGUAAGGGCAGUGUAAACAUCUGGACAGUCAGAUCUCAUGUCCUUUGCUCUCAGGAACAUGUAUAGUAUGGACACAAAGUUACUUCUUUGUUGAGUUUUUCCACUUCAAAAGGGUUGCAAGUGGAGACAACACCAUGCUGUGUGAAGAGGUGACUGCAAUGUGACUGAUUACUUGUGGAAGAAAGAGAGCCUUGUAGAUUUCUCUUUUCUAAAUUGUAAUUGUUCUGAGCAUUUACUUUUGUUGUCUUUGUAUUUAAAAAUGCAGAGAUGAUGAUUAUCUUUAGUUUCAACUGUUACGCUAGUAUGGAUAGAUGAUUAACUUGAAGAGCACACUGUAAAGAACAGCCCUCUACUUAAGCCACUGCACUAAAUUAUUUUUUUCCCGCUGUUAAUCGGAUCAGGCGCUAAACCUAUCUUAGUACAUUGUGCAUUCCUUUUAACAUGUAAUCAUGUAAUGUAUGGAGCCUUGGUGGGGGUGUGGGUGUGAUUUUAGCACCAACUGUGAAUGUCUUGCCAAUUCUAUGAACAUGUUUUUGCAACAACUAAAAGGCUGACAUUUACAGCAGAAUAACUACUCCACUAGUAGGUUCUGACCCUCUUAUUGUUGCCCUUGAAACACACCUUUUUAAUGUCUCAAAACUUUUUGAGUUUCUGCCAGACAUUGGCAAAUACCAUAUCCCUGUUUACAUUUGUUUGCAAACUGCACAUUGCUUUUGAAAAUUCAAAAAUUAAAUAUUUAAUAUGAAA